CCCCCUUUAUAAUUCACCCCACCACACUCCCCUUCUUCCACUCCACCAUUCAGACUCAAAUCUUCUCUCCUCUUCUUCAUCUCCCGUCUUUCCACGAUCUUGAAGAACACCAGAGCAGAGCUCAAACACAAAUUCUCAUGGCCUCACCACCAGAGCAGAGCUCCACCCUGGAACUCAUUAGGCAACACCUCCUCAGCGACUUCACCUCCGUCGACACUUUCCUCACCAGCCUCGACGCUUGCGCUUCCACCAUCGCCCACGCCGCCUCCCCAGCCGCCUCCGGUUCCAGCUCCCCCCAGACCUCUUUCAGCUUCGAACCCAAGCCCGCCCCUUCCCUCUCCAAGCCCCCCCAGCCAUCUUCGUCCACUCUCAGCUCCCGCCGCCCGGCCAUCCACGUGGCGGUCCCUGCGACGAGCUUGCAGGCGAGGUCGGGGACCAACCUCCAGGCCGAACCGUCGGUUUCCUCCGGCGACGAGGGCGGCGGUGGCGCCGACAAGCACUACAGGGGCGUGCGGCGGCGGCCGUGGGGGAAGUUCGCGGCGGAGAUACGCGACCCCACGCGCAAGGGGACGCGCGUGUGGCUGGGGACGUUCGACACGGCGGUGGAGGCCGCGAAGGCCUACGACCGAGCGGCGUUCAGGCUCCGCGGAAGCAAGGCCAUCCUGAACUUCCCGCUCGAGGCGGGGCGCGACGCGAUGACGACGCCGUCGCCGCUGACCUCGGCUGAUGCUUCUCGCAAGAGAUCGAGAGAGGAAGCCGCGGAGAGCCCCGAGUCCGAGACGAGCACCGGCGGCAGUUACAAAGCGGUGAAGAAGGAGGAGCUCACGGACGCGGCGGGCGGCAGGGAGAUAUGCCCGUUGACGCCGUCGAGCUGGAGGGGGUUCUGGGACAUCGGGGAAGGGAAUAAGGAGAGCAUAUUCAGCGUCCCCCCGCUGUCGCCGUUAUCAUCUCCGCAUCCAUGCCUCGGCUAUUCUCAGCUCCUGGUCACAUAAGGAAAGACCAAACCAAAGGUGUUAUUACAUCAUCGAUUUCAAGAACUCAACUAAAGCAUUUGCUAAAUCGGGGGGAACUGCCGUGGCCCAAAAUCCAAGAAACGAAAAUGGAAGAGAGGGGAAAGCUUUGAGUGGUCUUACUUAAUUCCUUCGAAUAGAGUUCGAGAUUGAGUUAUUAAUUUAGUGUGAAUAUGGGAGAGGUUGUGGUUAGAUGUGGUGUCGUGUUUGCCAUGGAAGGCUAAAUGAAUUUGUUCAUUCGUUGAUUAAGAAAUAAUCUGGAGCUGAUUCUUUGUCAAUU